AUGAUCGCCUGUGUUUCGCCGGCAGAUUCUAAUGCAGAGGAGACUCUGAGCACACUCAGGUAUGCAGAUCGUGCGAAGAAGAUCAAGAAUAAACCUAUUGUCAACAUUGACCCUGGCCAGCAGAAGAUACAAGAGCUUCGAGAAAAGGUCGCUGCGUUGGAAAGAGAAUUGGCGGAAACCCGGAUGGGAAUAGCUCCUUGUUCAGCGGGUACAAAUUUGAGUUUGAUUGAAAUUGCUGAAAUGAGGUCUGCCUUAGCGGAAAAAGAGCGCCUACUGAAUGAAGCUCAUGGUAAAACCGCUGAAGCGAUCUGUCAACAGGUCAAUCUUCUCAACCAACUUCAACACGUUGAGGCUCAGAGGGAACGCCUCAAAGCCGUUGUAACUCAAACGCUCGAGACGAUCAAAAGCAGUGGCGAGUCGGAGAAUGUUGAUGUUGUUCAGCGAAUUUCUGAGAUAAUUACUGAACAAAUGGUGGAUGAGGAGGAGAAGGAUCCCUCAAUGGCAAAGAUUUUUCAUGGAGACACUGACGAAGAGGCAUUGGAUGAGACCUUUAGCAUAAAAUUUGUUGAUCAGCAGGCCUCCUUGAACAAGGAAUUGGAGGAAGUGAUGCGACAAAUUAAAGAUAAGGAAGACAUACUUACAAAAGCUGUCGAAAACCAGAAGGAUGUUGACGAGCUCAUGAAAAGGCAUAAG